CAUAAAGAUCGCUAGUUGGGGUUGUGUUGUUUUUUUUUCGACAUAAAAAUACGUGUAUUAACAAGUAAAGAUGACGAAAUACCACUAAUAAGUUUAUAGUAAUUAACAUAGUUUGUCUAUAGAAAGGUUUUAUCGUUUUCAAUCGCCGAUACGUGGUAAGGAACGAUUGGAAAAAAUGAGUGAAUCUUCAGGCCCCGAAUCAAGAACGGGUACGACUGCCGAUGACACUUCUGGGGCAGCGGAGGGACCCACUCCGUCUACAUCGACAGAUGCUAGGGGUGGUGGUGGGCCUGGCGGAGCAAUACCGCCAGAGGAUGGUGCUUAUGAGUGCAAUAUAUGCCUUGAUACCGCAAAGGAUGCAGUAGUUAGUUUAUGUGGCCAUUUAUUCUGUUGGCCAUGUUUACACCAGUGGUUAGAAACUAGACCAAACAGGCAAGUGUGCCCUGUGUGUAAAGCUGGUAUAAGUAAAGAUAAAGUAAUACCAAUAUAUGGGAGAGGGAACACAGGUAAACAAGACCCAAGAGAAAAGCUUCCACCUCGGCCAGCAGGGCAAAGACCAGAACCAGAAACACAAGGUCCUUUUAAUGGGUUUGGGUUUGGAGAUGGGAAUUUUCAGAUGUCGUUUGGUAUUGGUGCUUUUCCAUUUGGUCUAUUUGCAACAGCAUUCAACUUCGGUGAUGGAAGGUUUGGUGGAAGACACGGGCAAGGAGUACAGCCACAGAAUCCAGAAGAACAGUUCCUUAGUAAAGUUUUCCUGUGGGUUGCUUUGUUAUUUAUGAUUUGGUUGUUUAUAGCAUAGCUUAGAUGUGUAGAUUUUGAGAUAACCACCCUACAGAGCAUUUGUUACUAAUUAGUACACAUACUGUAUACCGAAGUAUUAGAAUAAAUGCCCCUUUCAUAAAUGCCCCCUCUAGAGCCUCAUUUGGAAUAAACGCCCCAGGCGUUUAUAUUUUUCUUCGAAUAAAUGCCCCCCUGAAUGACUAAACAAAUCUAAUGGAAGCAACAUCAUUCUCAACACAUUCUAUUAAUGUUCUACCCUAGGAGAAAUACAGUUUUCUAACCUGGUUUGGAUCAAUAAGUCUUUAUUUAUGAUCAUGCAAUAACACUUCGAAAGAUUUCGAAGGUGAACUUCUUACAUUUUGAAAGCAAAUUAUGUGUUCAACAUUUACAGAAAAAUUAGGGGGCAUUUAUUUGAGUAUAUACAUGUCAAUGUUACACCAAAAAAAAUAAACGCUCCCUCAAAAACACUUCUCAACAAUAAACUUACACCCCGGGGCGUUUAUUCAAAUAGAUACGGUAAAUGUUUUGUUUCCUUCUUCAAUCAUGAUAUGCAGUUAUUAAGCUGGGCCCACAGUGCAUCCGUCAACUUGGGGGUGGUGAGUGAGGAGGAGAGACAGGCUACUCGGGGGAACAAGCAUUUUUAGAGGGAGUGGUAGAUAUGCCGCUGUCGUAGAAAAAUUGGGUACUUGGUAGGAGGUGAAUGAUUUGGAAUGAAAUUAGGCAAUGCAUGACAAGGAAGACUCCCCAGGUAGUGCAGGAUACUGUAUUCUACUUUUUACCUAGUAUCCCAUGACAAAAAGUACUUUGUCUACUGCCAGGUAAGGCAAGACAUUUUCAUACCUUGUUUAGUGAACUUGCCAUCUGCCAAUGAUGAUUUCGAAUUAAAAUAAAAUUUUAUUUUUUGCCUAUUAGCGCAAACCACCGCCACAAAGAAAUUGAAAUUUCAGAAAAAAAUAAAAGCUUGUCUUUAUCUUUAUUACGAUAAGAUACUGUAUGUAUAUUUCUUUUUAAUUAUAUAAAUUUAAAGCAUUUAACCAUCCCAUUACUACAUUGUUUACAUUCACCAAUAAAUUUUAUUUUCUCUUCCGUCUCCAUUAUACUGUAUUUAUUUUUCUGCUCUCAUGUGACGAUCUUUAAAAAAAUAAGUUUGCGAAACACGGCAUAAAAACAAGUCUUGUCUAAAUUAUCAUAAAGUAAAUACAAAAAUAUUUACAGUAAUUUCAUAGGAAGUGAAUCAAUGUUUAAUAGUAAUAUAUUGAAGUGGGUUUUUGAGAUUUUUUAUUCAUUAAGUGAAUGUAUAUAAUUAUAUAAAUAAUAAAACAGUGGAAUUGGUGAAUACUGCAAAUAUGUGAGGUAGUGUUGUAAUACAGUACCAGUGAUAUAGGAAUAAGCUCAAUUUGUCAAGAAAUAGUUUAUUCAAAAUGUUUCAACUAAAGGGUUAAGUUUAGUUUUGCAUAAGUAAAUGACGGAAACAAUUUAAUGAAGUAUGGGAACAAAUUAACGUCUACUUUUACUGAUUUAAAAAUGUAUUAUAGAAAUUAAGGGUGUUAUCAUAUAAGAUAAAGAGCUCUUUUUAUGUUACAAUUUAUUCCAUUGUUUGGCAUGUGAACUAUUAAAUUGAUAUGUAAUUUAGUCUAUUCUUUAUUGGAAGGAAAUAAUUAUGUUACAUGAGAAACAUCAGCAUACAUUCAUUAAGUUGUCAACUGACAGGACUUCAACUUCAAUGACAUUAAUUCUUCGUUGGAAAUCAGAAAUUCAGGCCUGGGCUCCCGGAGAUCUGCAGCACCUACUGUGCCAUGUGACACAAUGCCUAUGAGGGUUGUUUGAGGAGCCAAGCAAUCAAAUUAAAACCCAACAGUGGCCAGGUUUGAGCUAGGGUCUUCAGCACAAGAAACAGAAACAAUACCUCUCAGCACUCAACCAGUCUUUUAUGAAUAUGGGAUUAAAAUAUUUAUAGAGAUGAAAGGACAAAUCAAUUAUUUCCAUUGCAAUAAAUACAAACACAAAUGGUA